AUCAUGAUGGCUGAAGUACAGAAAAGAUAUGCUUUGCUACUAGCAGCAAAUGAUUCUGAGUAUGUGAAGGAAGUGUAUGGUGGCUAUUUCAAUGUUUUUGUUGCGGCUUUUGGGGAAGAAGGAGAGAGGUGGGACUUGUUUAGGGUUGUUGAAGGAGAGUUUCCGGACAUGAAUGAGCUCCAAAACUAUGAUGGCUUUGUGGUCAGUGGUAGCCCUUUCGAUGCUUAUGGCAAUGACCCUUGGGUUCUCAAGCUUUGCUUUCUUUUGCAAACCCUAGACUCCAUGCAUAAGAAAGUCCUUGGUAUUUGCUUUGGACACCAGGUUUUGUGCAGAUCGUUGGGUGGAAAAGUUGGGAAGGCAAACAGUGGUUGGGAUAUUGGACUAAGAAAAGUGAAAAUUGUGAAAGAUUUCUCUCCAUGCGGUUUCCUAAAAGGGUCGGAUGAAAUCCCAGCAGCCCUUUCAAUCAUUGAAUGCCACCAAGAUGAGGUAUGGGAGGUUCCCGUUGGUGCUGAAGUGAUUGCAUAUUCAGAUAAAACGGGAGUGGAGAUGUACACUAUUGGAGACCACAUUCUAGGAAUCCAAGGUCAUCCGGAGUACACCAAAGACAUUCUUAACAAUCUCAUCGAUCGUCUUCUCACAAACAAAUCUAUAGAGAAAAGUUUUGCUGAAGACGCCAAGUCAAAAUUGCAGAUUGCUGAACCAGAUAGGAAGUGUUGGGAAAAUUUUUGCAAAGGCUUCCUCAAGGGGUAGAUGGAAUUAACAAGCGAGCAAGCUAAUUUAUUGCAUAUAUAACCAAACUUUCGUUACGAUCAAUCUUUUUAUUAAUUUACUUUUAGAAUAACCAACUUGGUUAUAAAGUAUUUACAGAAAAAAAUAACUUUUAAUUUACCUGGAAAGGAACUUGUUUAUAUAGCAUAAACAAGUCCCAUACAAUAUUGUAUGCUCUUUGAUCUGAUAAUGAAAAAAUAAAUAUUGAAAAUAACAUUGCUUCUACAUUAGUAUAUCAUGUGUGUCCCUUACAUGCAACUUGUUUGGAUAAUUUGUAUUUUAUUGCUCUGACUAUCUCUAUGGGUAUGUAAUUCUGUUUUAUAUAUAUAUAAGAAAUUGAAAUUCACUUUUCAGACAAAAAGAAAAAAAAACUUGUUUGGAUAAUUGGCAUUGUUUCCGGACUGCAUGAAUCAGGAUAAGGUUUUCCAAUAUUGUUAGGAUAAUAUGCGAAAACAUGGUCUGAAAGGGAGGGCCA